CACGGGCAGGCGGCCGCAGAGCAGUCCGGGUCGCGGCUCCAGAAGCACCGAGUUCGAGCCCCGCUCCCGCUCCGCUUUGGUUCUCGCUACCCGGGCCCUUGGGCCUCCCUACGCCAGUCCCCGGCAGUCGCUGCGCAUUACGCUCUCCCUGCCGCCAGAAUGCCGGUAACCGAGAAGGACCUGGCGGAGGACGCGCCGUGGAAGAAGAUCCAGCAGAACACCUUCACGCGUUGGUGCAACGAGCACCUCAAGUGCGUGAACAAACGCAUUGGGAACCUGCAGACCGACCUGAGCGAUGGAUUGCGGCUCAUCGCGCUGCUCGAGGUGCUCAGCCAGAAGCGCAUGUACCGCAAGUACCACCAGCGGCCCACCUUCCGCCAGAUGCAGCUGGAGAACGUGUCCGUGGCGCUCGAGUUUCUGGACCGUGAGAGCAUCAAGCUCGUGUCCAUCGAUAGCAAAGCCAUCGUGGAUGGGAACCUGAAGCUCAUCUUGGGCCUGGUGUGGACACUGAUCCUCCACUACUCCAUCUCCAUGCCCGUGUGGGAGGAUGAAGGGGAUGAUGAUGCCAAGAAGCAGACGCCAAAGCAGAGGCUGCUGGGAUGGAUUCAGAACAAGAUCCCUUACUUGCCCAUCACCAACUUUAACCAGAACUGGCAAGAUGGCAAGGCUCUGGGGGCCUUGGUAGACAGCUGUGCUCCAGGUCUGUGCCCAGACUGGGAAUCGUGGGAUCCACGAAAGCCUGUGGAUAACGCACGGGAAGCUAUGCAGCAAGCAGAUGACUGGCUGGGGGUCCCACAGGUCAUCACUCCUGAAGAAAUUAUUCAUCCAGAUGUGGACGAGCACUCGGUGAUGACUUACCUGUCCCAGUUCCCCAAAGCCAAGCUCAAGCCCGGGGCUCCUCUAAAACCCAAACUCAACCCGAAGAAAGCCAGGGCCUAUGGCCGAGGAAUUGAGCCUACAGGAAACAUGGUGAAGCAGCCAGCCAAGUUCACUGUGGACACCAUAAGUGCUGGGCAAGGAGAGGUGAUGGUGUUUGUUGAGGAUCCCGAAGGGAACAAAGAAGAGGCACAAGUGACCCCCGACAGCGACAAGAACAAGACAUACUCUGUGGAGUAUCUGCCCAAGGUCACCGGGUUGCACAAAGUUACAGUCCUCUUUGCAGGACAGCACAUCUCCAAGAGCCCUUUUGAAGUGAAUGUCGACAAAGCACAGGGAGAUGCCGGUAAAGUUACUGCAAAAGGCCCAGGCUUGGAAGCUGCCGGAAACAUCGCCAAUAAGCCCACCUACUUUGACAUCUACACAGCAGGUGCUGGUGUGGGUGACAUUGGUGUUGAGGUGGAGGAUCCCCAGGGGAAGAACACUGUGGAAUUGCUGGUGGAAGAUAAAGGAAACCAGGUGUAUCGAUGUGUGUACAAACCACUGCAGCCCGGCCCCCAUGUGGUCAAGGUCUCCUUUGCGGGGGACACCAUUCCCAAGAGUCCCUUCGUCGUGCAGGUUGGGGAAGCCUGUAGUCCAAACGCCUGCCGGGCCAGUGGCCGGGGCCUGCAGCCCAAAGGCAUCCGCAUCCGGGAGACUGCAGACUUCAAGGUUGAUACCAAAGCUGCUGGAAGCGGGGAACUUGGUGUCACUGUGAAGGGUCCUAAGGGUCUGGAGGAACUGGUGAAACAGAAAGGCUUUCUGGAUGGAGUCUACGCAUUCGAGUAUUACCCCAGCACCCCAGGGAAAUACAGCAUCGCCAUCACGUGGGGGGGACACCACAUUCCAAAGAGCCCCUUUGAGGUUCAAGUUGGCCCUGAAGCAGGCAUGCAGAAAGUUCGUGCAUGGGGCCCUGGCCUCCACAGCGGGAUUGUCGGGCGGUCGGCGGACUUCGUGGUAGAGUCCAUUGGCUCUGAAGUGGGGUCUCUGGGCUUUGCUAUUGAAGGCCCCUCCCAGGCGAAGAUUGAGUAUGAUGACCAGAAUGAUGGGUCAUGUGAUGUCAAGUACUGGCCCAAGGAACCUGGCGAAUACGCUGUUCACAUCAUGUGUGAUGACGAAGACAUCAAGGACAGCCCAUACAUGGCCUUCAUCCACCCAGCUGCGGGAGACUACAACCCGGAUCUGGUCCAAGCAUACGGGCCAGGUUUGGAGAAAUCUGGGUGCAUUGUCAACAACCUGUGUGAGUUCACCGUGGAUCCUAAGGAUGCUGGAAAAGCUCCCUUAAAGAUAUUUGCUCAGGAUGGGGAAGGCCAGCCCAUUGACAUCCAGAUGAAGAGCCGGAUGGACGGCACGUACGCCUGCUCGUAUACCCCGGUUAAGGCCAUCAAGCACACCAUUGCUGUGGUCUGGGGAGGCGUGAACAUCCCACGCAGCCCAUACAGGGUCAGUAUCGGGCAGGGUAGCCAUCCCCAGAAGGUCAAGGUGUUUGGGCCAGGCGUGGAGCGAAGUGGACUGAAGGCAAAUGAGCCUACUCAUUUCACAGUGGACUGUACUGAGGCUGGGGAAGGUGAUGUCAGCGUUGGCAUUAAAUGUGAUGCCCGUGUGUUAAGUGAGGAUGAGGAAGACGUGGACUUUGACAUUAUUCACAACGCCAACGACACGUUUACGGUCAAAUAUGUGCCUCCUGCCGCCGGGCGAUACACUAUCAAAGUUCUCUUUGCAUCUCAGGAAAUCCCUGCCAGUCCUUUCAGAGUGAAAGUUGACCCUUCCCAUGAUGCCAGCAAAGUGAAGGCAGAAGGCCCGGGGCUCAGCAAAGCAGGUGUGGAAAACGGGAAACCAACCCACUUCACGGUCUACACCAAAGGGGCUGGAAAAGCCCCGCUGAACGUACAGUUCAGUAGCGCCCUUCCUGGAGAUGCCGUGAAGGACUUGGACAUCAUCGACAAUUAUGACUACUCCCACACCGUCAAAUACACACCCACCCAGCAGGGCUGCAUGCAGGUGCUGGUGACGUAUGGCGGCGACCCCAUCCCUAAAAGCCCUUUCACCGUGGGCGUGGCCGCUCCGCUGGAUCUGAGCAAGAUCAGAAUUAAUGGGCUGGAGAACAGAGUCGAAGUUGGGAAGGGUCAAGAGUUCGCCAUCGACACGAAGGGGGCAGGAGGCCAGGGGAAGCUGGAUGUGACGAUCCUGAGCCCCUCGAGGAAGGUUGUGCCUUGUAUGGUGGUGCCCGUGGUGGGCCGGGAGAGCAGCACGGCCAAGUUCAUCCCUCGGGAGGAGGGGCUGUAUGCUGUAGACGUCACCUACGAUGGACACCCCAUGCCUGGGAGCCCCUACACGGUGGAGGCUUCACUGCCACCAGAUCCCACCAAGGUGAAGGCCCAUGGUCCUGGCCUUGAAGGUGGUCUCGUGGGCAAGCCCGCUGAGUUCACCAUCGACACCAAAGGAGCAGGCACUGGAGGUCUGGGCCUCACUGUGGAAGGUCCGUGCGAGGCCAAAAUUGAAUGUUCUGACAAUGGUGAUGGGACCUGCUCCGUCUCUUACCUGCCCACAAAGCCUGGGGAGUACUUUGUCAACAUUCUCUUUGAAGAAGUCCACAUACCUGGUUCUCCCUUCAAAGCCGACAUUGAAAUGCCUUUCGACCCCUCUAAAGUCGUGGCUUCAGGACCAGGUCUCCAGCAUGGGAAGGUGGGCGAAGCCGGGCUUCUAAGUGUUGACUGUUCAGAAGCGGGGCCCGGGGCCCUGGGCCUGGAAGCCAUCUCAGACUCGGGAGCAAAAGCCGAAGUCUGUAUUGAAAACAACAAAGAUGGCACCUACGCAGUGACCUACGUGCCCCUGACUGCCGGCAUGUACACUCUGACCAUGAAGUAUGGCGGUGAGCUGGUGCCCCACUUCCCCGCCAGGGUCAAGGUGGAGCCCGCCGUGGACACCAGCAGGGUCAAAGUCUUUGGGCCAGGAAUAGAAGGAAAAGACGUGUUUCGAGAAGCCACCACCGACUUCACGGUCGAUUCACGGCCCCUGACACAGGUGGGGGGCGACCACAUCAAAGCCCACAUUGCCAACCCCUCAGGGGCCUCUACUGAGUGCUUUGUCACAGACAAUGCUGAUGGGACCUACCAGGUAGAGUACACGCCCUUCGAGAAAGGUCUCCACGUAGUGGAGGUGACAUACGAUGAUGUACCCAUCCCACAUAGUCCCUUCAAAGUGGCUGUAACCGAAGGCUGCCAGCCCUCUCGGGUUCAAGCCCAAGGACCAGGAUUGAAAGAGGCCUUUACCAACAAACCCAAUGUCUUCACCGUGGUUACCAGAGGGGCAGGCAUUGGUGGGCUCGGCAUAACUGUUGAGGGACCGUCAGAGUCGAAGAUCAACUGCAGAGACAACAAAGAUGGAAGCUGUAGUGCUGAGUACAUCCCCUUUGCUCCAGGGGACUAUGACGUUAACAUCACAUAUGGAGGAGCCCACAUCCCUGGUAGUCCCUUCAGAGUUCCCGUGAAGGAUGUCGUGGACCCGAGCAAGGUCAAGGUUGCUGGCCCCGGGCUGGGCUCUGGUGUCCGAGCCCGCAUCUUACAGUCCUUCACAGUGGACAGCAGCAAGGCUGGCCUGGCCCCUCUGGAAGUGAGGGUCCUGGGCCCACGAGCUGAUGAGACGGAUUCCCAGUCAUGGCGCAGCCCCUUGAAAGCCAUUUCAGAGUUCUUUAAAGGUGACCCGAAGGGUGACUUUACGGAGACAGGCCUGGUGGAGCCGGUGAACAUAGUGGACAAUGGGGAUGGCACACAUACAGUGACCUACACCCCAUCCCAGGAGGGGCCUUACAUGGUCUCAGUUAAAUAUGCUGAUGAAGAGAUCCCUCGUAGUCCCUUCAAGGUCAAGGUCCUUCCCACAUACGAUGCCAGCAAAGUGACUGCCAGUGGCCCCGGCCUCAGUUCCUAUGGUGUGCCUGCCAGUCUGCCCGUGGAGUUUGCAAUUGAUGCCAGAGAUGCUGGGGAAGGCCUGCUUGCUGUUCAGAUCACGGACCAAGAGGGAAAACCCAAAAGAGCCAUUGUCCACGACAAUGAGGAUGGCACGUACGCCGUCACCUACAUCCCUGACAAGACUGGACGCUAUAUGAUUGGGGUCACCUAUGGGGGGGAUGACAUCCCAUUGUCCCCCUACCGCAUCCGGGCCACACAGACGGGAGAUGCCAGCAAGUGCCUGGCCACCGGUCCUGGAAUUGCCUCCACCGUGAAAACCGGCGAGGAAGUGGGCUUUGUGGUGGAUGCCAAGACUGCUGGGAAAGGGAAGGUGACCUGCACGGUUCUGACCCCCGACGGCACUGAGGCUGAGGCCGACGUCAUCGAGAAUGAGGAUGGCACCUAUGACAUCUUCUACACGGCCGCCAAGCCGGGCACCUAUGUCAUCUACGUGCGCUUUGGCGGCGUCGAUAUUCCCAACAGCCCCUUCACGGUCAUGGCCACGGAUGGGGAAGUCGAGGCUGUGGAGGAGGCACCGGUAAAUGCAUGUUCCCCCGGAUUCAGGCCCUGGGUGACCGAAGAGGCCUAUGUCCCCGUGAGUGACAUGAACGGCCUGGGGUUCAAGCCUUUCGACUUGGUCAUUCCAUUUGCGGUCAGGAAAGGGGAAAUCACUGGAGAGGUCCACAUGCCUUCUGGGAAGACAGCCACACCUGAGAUUGUGGACAACAAGGACGGCACGGUCACAGUCAGAUAUGCCCCCACUGAGGUCGGGCUGCAUGAGAUGCACAUCAAGUACAUGGGCAGCCACAUCCCUGAAAGCCCGCUCCAGUUCUAUGUGAACUACCCGAACAGUGGGAGCGUUUCUGCAUAUGGUCCAGGCCUGGUGUACGGAGUGGCCAACAAAACGGCCACCUUCACCAUCGUCACCGAGGAUGCAGGAGAAGGUGGCCUAGACUUGGCUAUCGAGGGACCCUCCAAGGCUGAAAUCAGCUGCAUCGACAACAAAGAUGGGACGUGCACAGUGACCUAUUUGCCCACCCUGCCAGGCGACUACAGCAUUCUGGUCAAGUACAACGACAAGCACAUCCCCGGCAGCCCCUUCACAGCCAAGAUCACAGACGACAGCAGACGGUGCUCUCAGGUGAAGCUAGGCUCUGCUGCCGACUUCCUGCUCGACAUCAGCGAGACGGACCUGAGCACCCUGACCGCCAGCAUUAAGGCGCCGUCCGGCCGCGACGAACCCUGUCUCCUCAAGAGGCUUCCCAACAACCACAUCGGCAUCUCCUUCAUCCCCCGGGAGGUGGGCGAACACCUGGUCAGCAUCAAGAAGAACGGCAACCACGUGGCCAACAGCCCCGUGUCCAUCAUGGUGGUCCAGUCCGAGAUCGGUGACGCUCGCAGAGCCAAAGUCUAUGGCCGUGGCCUGUCAGAGGGCCGUACUUUUGAGAUGUCUGAAUUCAUUGUGGACACAAGGGAUGCAGGUUAUGGUGGCAUAUCCUUGGCAGUGGAAGGUCCCAGCAAAGUGGACAUCCAGACAGAGGACCUGGAAGAUGGCACUUGCAAGGUCUCCUACUUCCCCACUGUGCCUGGCGUUUACAUUGUCUCCACCAAGUUCGCUGAUGAGCACGUACCUGUUCACCAUCUCAGGCUGGCCUCCCGUCCUUUGCCCUCACCUUGCUCAGUGGUGUCCACGUACUUGGCUUUACCCUGUACUUUGUUCACUCUCCUAGACAAGUACGCCGUGCGCUUCAUCCCCCAUGAGAAUGGCAUCCACAUGAUCGACGUCAAGUUCAACAGGAGCCACGUGGUUGGAAGCCCCUUCAAAGUGCGCGUCGGGGAGCCCGGACAAGCAGGGAACCCUGCCCUGGUGUCCGCCUAUGGUGCCGGGCUUGAGGGGGGCAUCACAGGUAUCCAGUCUGAAUUUUUCAUCAACACCACCCGAGCAGGGCCAGGGACAUUAUCUGUCACCAUUGAAGGCCCGUCCAAAGUUAAAAUGGAUUGCCAGGAGACCCCAGAAGGGUACAAAGUCAUGUACACCCCCAUGGCUCCUGGAAGCUACCUGAUUGGCGUCAAAUAUGGCGGGCCCAACCACAUUGUGGGCAGUCCAUUCAAGGCCAAGGUGACAGGCCAGCGUCUGGUCAGCCCUGGCUCUGCUAACGAGACCUCGUCCAUUCUGGUGGAGUCCGUGACCAGGUCAUCCACAGAGACCUGCUAUAGUGCCGUCCCCAAGGCAUCCUCAGACGCCAGCAAGGUGACCUCCAAAGGGGCAGGGCUCUCAAAGGCCUUCGUGGGCCAAAAGAGCUCCUUCUUGGUGGACUGCAGCAAGGCUGGUUCCAACAUGCUGCUGAUCGGUGUCCAUGGGCCAACCACCCCCUGCGAAGAGGUCUCCAUGAAGCACGUGGGCAAUCAACAAUACAACGUCACAUAUGUCGUCAAGGAGAAGGGAGAUUACGUUCUGGCCGUGAAGUGGGGAGAGGAACACAUCCCUGGCAGUCCCUUCCAUGUCACGGUGCCUUAAAACAGUUCUCGUCAGAUCCUGGGAGGAGUUCUGGUGGUUGCUUUUGUUGCUUGUUCGUAACUUGUUUUAUACAAAGUUUUCCUCCAGGCUGUUUGUGGGUCUGAAACCCCAUCCCGAAAACAUUGCCGUUCUAAAGUGCCUUGAGAAAUAAGUCCUAGACUUGACUCUUUAGGGACGCGCUGGGGACUCUUAAGAAAUGCAUACUCAUGCAUGAGCUGAGAAGAUUUCCAGGCAUACUCGGUUCAGAUCCGACCUCUUGCUGGCACAGAUCACCCCCUGCAGACAGACCAAGGUCACUCGCAAGACUGACAUUUCUAAAGAAUGAAAUUGGCUAGCCCAUCUGUGAAACGAGACUGGCAGGGAGGGACAGGGCAAAGAGGCGACCUACUUGAGGCUGGCAUUUAGAAGAGGACCAGCAGCCUACCCCAUAAAAGGCUCUUAGGCAGACGCCAUUGUUUCAACACUACUCCUCUCCACACCCCUGCCCGCUCCGUGGCCUUUGUACGCAUCUCAAAGGGAAGCGGCUACAUGGUGGCAGACUGGCCUCCAUGCUUCCUAGUGCCUUUCCCCUCGUUCUGCUGAGUAUUUCCCUGCAAAGUUGUAACGUGCCCAUCUUGGCAGCUACGUUUUGCUUUUGUCUUUAAAGGCCAUUGAAGUCUCUGGGUCUGAGGAAAUUCUGCUGGGGCAAGCAGCCCCCUCCUGCCAAAGAUCCCUUUUUUUUUUUUUAACCAACACGAGCCUUUGUUCUUAACACACACUCCGGCCAUUUGUCAGUCUGAUGAGGCUUGCCAGCACGUGCGAAUGGCCGCAGGUGGGUCACCGUGUCACCGCCCUCAUCUGCAGAGGCCUAUCACCGGGCAGAACACUCCACACCCACCUCCAGUCAGCCGUGGGAUCACUUCUGGCAAAUAACUAUAGAUCGGAAAGAAUGGAACUCCUGCUGACCUUUGGCCUCAAAGGGCGCUGUGGAGGGCGUGGGAGGGACAGCAGCAGCUCCCUGGUGGUCUUCUGUCACUGGGCACAAGUGACAGCUGCAGAGCUGACGGGGGCUCUGUAUACAUUUGGCCCUGACUGCGUCAUCUGAGGCUGUUUGGAAAGCAGUGCGCAGGGCCCAAAUUCCAGAAACGGGGUGUGAGACAUUUUGCACCCCUUUCUGCAGACCUGAGCUGCCUUCAGGAUAAAGUGAAAGCCUUCGGGGCCGCACCCUGACUUCAGGGCCCUGGUGUGCGGUGUGGUCUGGGCCGGCAGACCUUUUUGAUUUGCGGCUCCAUCCUGAGGAAGUGUCACGGGUGCGUCCGUGGGUGGGACCGGGAGCGAGGGGAGGGGACCAUCACCAAGAUGCAGCAGCAGGGGGCAGGUGGUGGCCACAGCCCACCUCUUAGACACCAGAGCAGCCCGAAGCCUAAUGUGAAAGGGCCACAGGUUUUGUAAACUGGGACGUGGAAGCGAAACUGGAAUCAAAUGCCGACUGUAAAUUGUAUCUCAUAACUUAUUAAAUGUUUGCUCCGUCAA